UCUGUACCACGUGACCCCGGUGUGUUUCCGGGUUUGGAUCUGAGGACGGAGUGGAGACCGGAUGACCGAUCAUGUCCAAACCGAAGAACCGGACCCUGAUCAUCACGGACGAUGAGGAGGUUCAGGCUGAGGAGCUGAACCCGUUCUCCUUCAGGGAGUUCCUGCGCUGGAAGAACCAGGAGGAGGAGGAGGAGGAGGAGCAGAAGAAGAGGUUCGAUGCAGAUGUGACAAACUUGACCUUUGACCCUGAAGUCAGGAGCUGUUUCUUCUCAGAGCCCUCCCUCAACCAAUCAGGGCCUCAGGAUGACGAGACAGACUGGGGGCGGAGCUUCCAGUCAUAUGGCGUAGAUAGCACGUCGUCGCUCUGCACAGAGGAAGAGGAGGAGGAGGAGGAGGAGGAGACCAGGUUCACCUCCCAACCUGAAGGAGGAGGAGCAGGAGGAGGAGGAGUCGAGAACUAUGAGGGCGAUGAUGAGACGUCUGUUGUUGAACCCGCCUCCUCGUCCAGCAGGAGGAGGAGUGGGCGGAGCCACAUCCAGCAGCUGAAGGAGGAGAACAUGGCGCUGAGGAGGACCAUAGGGGAGCUGCAGAGGAGGUCAGAGGUCAGCGAGCACAGGGUGUCUGAUCUGUCUGAGGAGCUGCUGCAGAGGAGGCGUCAGGAGGAGCAGGAGGCGCGAGACCUGGAGAGCAUGGUCCAAUCUGUGGAGCAGAACCUGAAACUGAUGACGAAACGUGCGUUGAAGGCUGAGAACACUGUGUCCAAACUGAAAUUGGAGAUUCAACAGCUUCAGACUCAGGUGGAGGCUCUUCAUUUAGAGAACGACAGUCUGAAGGCGGCAGAGUCAGAGGUCGUCAUGACGAUGAGGCAGAACGCUCAGAUGGCGUCAGAGUACCUGAACAAGACGGUUAACCACGCCCACAUCUCCAUCCAUCAGCUGAUGGGAGAGGCUCAGACUCUGCGCCUCGUAUCACAGCUGCUGCAGUCCAUUGACAAGAUCUCCUACAUCAACCCAGAGUCCUGAACAAGGAGUCCUGAACCCGGAACCUGGACUUCAGAACCUGGAGUCUGGAACCUGGAGUCCUGAACCUGGAGUCCUGAACCCACAGUCCUGAACCUGGAGUCCUGAACCUGGAGUCCUGAACCCACAGUCCUGAACCUGGAGUCCUGAACCCACAGUCCUGAACCUGGAGUCCUGAACCUGGAGUCCUGAACCCACAGUCCUGAACCUGGAGUCCUGAACCUGGAGUCCUGAACCCACAGUCCUGAACCUGGAGUCCUGAACCCAUAGUCCUGAACCUGGAGUCCUGAACCCACAGUCCUGAACCUGGAGUCCUGAACCCAUAGUCCUGAACCUGGAGUCCUGAACCCAUAGUCCUGAACC